AUGAUUGAAUCAGAUGAAGAUUUCGCACCUCAAGAAUUCCCACACACAGACACAGACAUUAUCAUAGAUGAACGCAGAGACGAAAAUGAGGGGUAUUCCUCAGACGAAGUUGGCGGUACAUUGAGUAGAAGGGCCUCGAGUAUAUUUUCCAUAAAUACAACACCAUUAGCUCCCCCAAAUGCUACUGAUAUACAAAAAUUCACAAGUGACGAACACCAUUUCAGCAUGAUGAGGAAUUUACAUAUGGCAGAUUAUAUUACUAUGCUGAAUGGAUUUUCUGGCUUUUACUCUAUUGUGAGUUGCCUUAGAUUUACGCUUACGGGUAAACCUCAUUACGUUCAGCGUGCCCAUUUUUUUAUCCUAUUGGGUAUGUGUUUCGAUUUCCUUGACGGUAGAGUAGCACGUCUGAGAAAUAGGUCUUCCCUGAUGGGUCAAGAACUGGACUCUUUGGCCGAUUUGGUCUCCUUUGGUGUGGCUCCGGCUGCAAUUGCUUUUGCCAUUGGUUUCCAAACCACAUUUGAUGUCAUGAUUUUAUCAUUUUUUGUUCUUUGCGGCUUGGCGAGAUUAGCAAGGUUUAAUGUCACCGUUGCUCAAUUACCAAAAGAUUCCACCACAGGUAAGUCUAAAUAUUUUGAGGGAUUACCAAUGCCAACUACUCUAGCUUUGGUUUUGGGCAUGGCAUAUUGUGUCAGAAAGGGUUUCAUUUUUGAUAACAUCCCAUUCGGAAUUUUCAGAGAAGAUCAAAUAUUGGAAUUUCAUCCAAUUAUUUUAGUAUUUUUUAUCCAUGGGUGUGGAAUGAUCUCAAAGAGCUUGAAAAUUCCAAAGCCAUAG